UUCUGCAGCUGAAGCCUCCAGGAUGGCCGGAUCAGGGGCAGCUCUGAGACUGCAUGAGUUCAAGGAGUACCAGGAAAGACGGGACUCUGGCUCAUUUAAAAGACAACCCGAAGCAACACUGAGAGUACCACGUCAGGGGAAGGAUGUGCAAGGUCUGUACCCUGGUCAGCUGGGUAGAAUCCACGUUGUUCACUCUCAGGAUCACAGAGUGAGGUUCGCAUCAUUGGAUUACUCUCCGGGGCCUUACCGUGAACACUAUGAAGACUACCCGAGGAGUUUCGACCUCCAGACAUUCCACGCCCUGGACGUUCUACGCCAGAGCACCAGCGCCUCUCAAUGUGCCACUGAGACGGCUUACCAAGAGGAGUUUGGCCUGCAGUCCCACCUCAACCCUCCGGAUAACACUAAGUUUACCCUGUACUCUCACCCUGGGCCUAUGCAACAGUUGGAGACAGGGAGUGAAGAGGAACAUUUUACAACACCAUGGCAAUCAAACUGAACUCCAUCCAUGAAAAGUAACCAAUGAAAAUGGUGCAUUGCAUGUAUUUUUGUUUGAAUGACAGGUUGUAAAAUCUUGCAUUGCAAUCAUAUAUAUGACUCUAGAAGCAUUUCAUCUCAAGUAAUGCUAAUAUAUAAUGUGUUUAUUAUAUAUACAGUACCGGUCAAAAGUUUGGACACACCUACUCAUUCAAGGGUUUCUCUUUAUUUGGACUAUUUUUGACAUGGUUGAAUAAUGGUGAAGACGUCACAACACAUGUGGAAUCACGAAGUUGCUAAAAAAAAGUGCCAAGAGUGUGCAAAGCUGUCAUCAAGGCAAAAAGUGGCCAUUUGGUCCAUAUCUACCAUUUCAAACUUUCAACUGGUACUGUAUAUUUCUAUGAAAGUCCAUUGGCACAAAAAGUGUAAUUAAAUGAAAAAAUGUCA